CGCUCCCGCCACCUGAACCCGGAAGUACGUCUUCCCUCCGCGGGCGUGAGGGGUUGGCGGCUGUGGUGGCACCGGGCUGAGCCGAGCCGGCGGCGGGGACAUGGCGGCGGCCGCGGAGCUGCAGGGGAAGUACCAGAAGCUGGCUCAGGAGUACUCCAAGCUUCGAGCUCAGAACCAAGUACUGAAAAAAGGGGUUGUAGAUGAGCAAGCAAAUUCUGCCUCUCUGAAGGAACAACUGAAGAUGAAGGAUCAGUCACUGAGAAAACUGCAACAAGAAAUGGACAGCUUGAUCUUUCGAAAUCAGCAACUUGCUAAGCGGGUGGAGUUACUUCAAGAUGAACUUGCACUGAGUGAAGCUAGGGGCAAGAAGAGCAAGAAAAGUGCAGAAUCCUCAUCUCAGUUGAGUCAAGAGCAGAAAAGUGUCUUCAAUGAAGAUCUUCAGAAGAAGAUAGAAGAAAAUGAACGACUACAUAUACUUUUCUUUGAAGCAGAUGAGCAGCAUAAACGUUUAGAAGCAGAGCUGAGAACUAGACUUGAAGUUUUGGAAACUGAUGCUGCCCAGCAUCAAACUGUGGUGGACAGUUUAACGAAGAAAUACACGGAUACUAUAGAAAAGCUGCAGAAUGAUAAAACCAAAUUAGAAAUCAAGUCUCAGACACUAGAAAGAGAAGCUAAGGACUGUAGGCUUCGAACCGAAGAAUGCCAGCAACAGUUAAAGAAUCUUCAAGCAGCUUUGGGCAGUAGACUGGAAGAAUCUCUAUGCAUAAUCAAUGAAAAAGUCCCUUUUAAUGACACAAGAUCUAGCCGAUACAAUGCUCUGAAUGUACCAUUACACAACAGAAGAUACCAGCUUAAGUUGCGAGACCUUGCUGGCCAGGCACUAGCUUUUGUUCAAGAACUUGUAACAGCUCUUCUGAACUUCCAUACGUACACUGAACAGAAGGUCCAGAUCUUUCCCAUUGAUUCUGCAACAGACACUAUAUCACCGUUAAAUCAGAAGUUCUCACAGUAUCUUCAUGAAAAUGCUUCCUAUGUUCGCCCUCUGGAGGAAGGAAUGCAUCACUUGUUUGAGAGCAUUACAGAAGAUACCGUGACAGUGCUGGAAACAGCUGUGAAAUUGAAGGGCUUCUCAGAACACUUAGCUUCCUACCUAGGCUUCUUAAGAAAGAUUCUUCCUUAUCAAUUGAAAAGUUUGGAAGAAGAGUGUGAGUCUUCUCUUUGCACAGCUGCUUUAAGAGCCAGAAAUAUGGAGCUACACAGAGACAUGAAAAGGUUGACUGCAGUCUUUGAGAAGCUACAUACAUACAUUAGUCUUCUUGUGUUACCAAGUACAAAACCAGAAGGACUUCUUAGGACAAAUUACAACUUGGUGUUUACAAACAUUGCUGCAAGUCUUCAUGGAUUUCAUGACAUUUUAAAAGAUAUUUCCAAGCACUACAGUCAGAAAGCUACUUUAGAACAGGAUGUUCCAACUGCCACGCAGAAACUCAUAACUACAAAUGACUGUAUUUUAUCCUCUGUUGCUGCUUUAACAAAUGGAGCAGGCAAGAUUGCCUCAUUCUUCAGCAACAACUUGGAUCACUUCACUGCUUCACUAAGCUAUGGACCUAAAGGAGGAACAGAGUUCAUCAGCCCUCUUUCAGCUGAGUGUAUGCUGCAGUACAAGAAAAAGGCAGUUGCUUACAUGAAGUCUUUGAAGAAGCCUUGUGCAGCUUCAGUGCCUUAUGAAGAGGCUUUAGCCAAUCGCAGAGUUCUUCUGAGUUCUACAGAAAGCAGAGAAGGUCUAGCACAACAGGUCCAGCAGAGCUUGGAGAAAAUUGCAAGACUUGAACAAGAAAAAGAGCACUGGAUGUUAGAGGCCCAGCUAGCUAAAAUAAAGCUAGAGAAAGAAAACCAAAAACUGAAGAACUCUCUUAGUGGACAUUUAACUGAAACUAUACAAGAGCAUUCUGUUUUGCCAAAUGUAGCUGAACAAAAGAAGGAAACCACAGAAAAGAGUCUGAGGGAACCUAUUAGGAGUACUAGUCUGAUUGGAAUGUUGACUAUAACUACUGAUAAUGAAAAGACUCCAGAUAUUGAGUCUCGUGAAGAUCUGAUAAAAAACCACUAUAUGGCAAGGAUAGCAGAACUUACAUCUCAUCUGCAGCUUGCUGACAGCAAAUCGGUACACUUUCAUGCUGAGUGUCGAGCACUUGCCAAAAGGUUGUCUUUAGCAGAGAAGUCCAAGGAAUCGCUCACGGAAGAGUUGAAGCUAGCUAGUCAAAACAUCAGUAGGUUACAGGAUGAAUUGAUGACAACAAAGAGAAGCUAUGAGGAUCAGUUAAGUAUGAUGAGUGACCAUCUCUGCAGUAUGAAUGAAACCUUAACUAAACAAAGGGAAGAGAUUGAUACGCUAAAGAUGACUAGUAAGGGAAAUUCUAAAAAGAACAAAAAUCGAUAGCUUGCAGCCAGUCAACUAUCUUCCGAAGCUGCUGCACAGGUUGCAGAUAGUGAAUGCUCAUUGUCCAAUUCCUGUUCCAGGAAGCCGAGCGUCAUAUUGGGUCUAGUAAAAACUGAUUUGGUGCUGUAAAUGGCUUUAAAAUAUUUAGAACUUGUAACAAAUCAGACAGAACUUAAUGUUGGCUCUAAACCCGGAAAUAGACACUCUGUGGAUAAUUUAUAUGGUAAUUACCUUCAGUUUUUACUGUGCACUUUUUAAAACCAGGUUUUAAUUUCAUGUAAUAACUUCAGAUUUUGUAUAUUUUCAACUAUGAUUAUGCAUUAACAAAUUUGGAUCAGUGCAGCAGUUGUCUAUUUUUGAGUUAUAUGUUAAAUUGUCAACGUGUACAUUCCUUGUUAAUUACAGUUUAAAAAUGAGUUUGGAGACUUUUGGCCAUGCAAGCUGUGCAGUUACUGUAAAUGUAUUACUCCUGUUCUCAGCCCUUUUGAAUUAAUUGGAAUUGUGGCUUUAAAUGAUUUCUGUCAACUCACACAAAUAAAUGGGAUCACUGUUUCAUUUUAGACUCCCAUAGUGGAAACUUUUGCUGCUUGUAUUUGGCACUUUGGAUUUUGAAGUAAAGAGCACAAAUAACUGAAUUGGGAUACUUCUAUGAAAUCGCUUGAAGCCCUUAUUUUAGGCAUUUUGUUUACAUGUGUCUGUAUAUAUAUAUUGGUUGAACUAGCUGUUUAGAGGAAAUUGUGAUUGUAAUUUGCCCCAAAAGAGUGGAACAAUGCGUGUGUAGAAUAGAUCAGCUUACUGUGCUCACUCUUACAGUAAAGAAGAAUAUGAAAUAUGUAGAAGAUUUAAACACUGAAUUUGCAAAAAGCCUUCAUGGAAUUAAGUCCUCAUGGAUUCACUGGGGGGAUGCACAUGGCUUUUCCUGUGUUUUGAGAAGUUUGUGAACUCGCUCCUAAGAUUAUUAUUUCCUUUUUUUAAGUGAAUUCUAAUACCACCGGUUUUCACAGCACUGAUUUUUUUUAUAGAUAUAAUUAUUAUUAUUUUAUUAUUUUAAUCAGAUGCUGUGCUGUUCCACACUUUACACUGAUCUUCUCUUCUGUAAUUUGCAUUACGGCACUUACUUGUCCCAUAAGGGUUUACUCUGAUAUCAGUUGUGUCAAUAUGUAUUAUUAGUAUGUAAUAAUAAAAUCAGCUACAUGAAA